AAGCCCAAGCCUAAGCCUAAGCCUAAGCCUAAGCCUAAGCCUAAGCCUAAGCCUAAGCCUAAGCCUAAGCCUAAGCCUAAGCCUCAGCCUAAGCCUAAGCCUAAGCCUAAGCCUAAGCCUAAGCCUAAGCCUAAGCCUAAGCCUAAGCCUAAGCCUAAGCCCAAGCCUAAGCCUAAGCCUAAGCCUAAGCCUAAGCCUAAGCCUAAGCCUAAGCCUAAGCCUAAGCCUAAGCCUAAGCCUAAGCCUAAGCCUAAGCCUAAGCCUAAGCCUAAGCCUAAGCCUAAGCCUAAGCCUAAGCCUAAGCCUAAGCCUAAGCCUAAGCCUAAGCCUAAGCCUAAGCCUAAGCCUAAGCCUAAGCCUAAGCCUAAGCCUACAAGCCCAAGCCUAAGCCUAAGCCUAAGCCUAAGCCUGCUGCCUAAGCUCAAGCCUAAGCCCAAGCCUAAGCCCAAGCCUAAGCCUAAGCCCAAGCCUAAGCCUAAGCCUAAGCCUAAGCCUAAGCCUAAGCCUAAGCCUAAGCCUAAGCCCAAGCCUAAGCCUAAGCCUAAGCCUAAGCCCAAGCCUAAGCCUAAGCCUAAGCCUAAGCCCUAAGCCUAAGCCUAAGCCUAAGCCUAAGCCUAAGCCUAAGCCUAAGCCUAAGCCUAAGCCUAAGCCUAAGCCUAAGCCUAAGCCUGCCUAAGCCUAAGCCUAAGCCUAAGCCUAAGCCUAAGCCUAAGCCUAAGCCUAAGCCUAAGCCUAAGCCUAAGCUCAAGCCUGCUUCAAGCCUAAGCCUAAGCCCAAGCCCCCUAAGCCUAAGCCUAAGCCUAAGCCUAAGCCUAAGCCUAAGCCCUAAGCCUAAGCCUCAAGCCUAAGCCUAAGCCUAAGCCUAAGCCUAAGCCUAAGCCUGCUGCCUAAGCCUAAGCUCUCAGCCUCAAGCCUAAGCCUAAGCCCUAAGCUCUAAGCCUGCUUCAAGCCCUAAGCCUAAGCCUAAGCCUCAAGCCUAAGCCUAAGCCCUAAGCCUAAGCCUAAGCCCAAGCUCUCAAGCCUAAGCCCUAAGCCUAAGCCUAAGCCUCCAAGCCUAAGCCUAAGCCCUAAGCCUAAGCCUAAGCCUAAGCCUAAGCCUAAGCCUAAGCCUAAGCCUAAGCCUAAGCCUAAGCCCAAGCCUAAGCCUAAGCCUAAGCCUAAGCCUAAGCCUAAGCCUAAGCCUAAGCCUAAGCCUAAGCCUAAGCCUAAGCCUAAGCCUAAGCCUAAGCCUAAGCCUAAGCCUAAGCCUAAGCCUAAGCCUAAGCCUAAGCCUCCAAGCCUAAGCCUAAGCCUAAGCCUAAGCCUAAGCCUAAGCCUAAGCCCUAAGCCUAAGCCUAAGCCUAAGCCUAAGCCUAAGCCUAAGCCUAAGCCUAAGCCUAAGCCCUAAGCCUAAGCCUAAGCCUAAGCCUAAGCCUAAGCCUAAGCCUCAAGCCUAAGCCUCAAGCCUAAGCCUAAGCCUAAGCCUAAGCCUAAGCCUAAGCCUAAGCCUAAGCCUAAGCCCUAAGCCUCAAGCCUAAGCCUAAGCCUAAGCCUAAGCCUAAGCCUAAGCCUAAGCCUAAGCCUAAGCCUAAGCCUAAGCCUAAGCCUAAGCCUAAGCCUAAGCCUAAGCCUAAGCCUAAGCCUAAGCCUAAGCCUAAGCCUAAGCCUAAGCCUAAGCCUAAGCCUAAGCCUAAGCCUAAGCCCUAAGCCUAAGCCUAAGCCUAAGCCUAAGCCUAAGCCUAAGCUCUAAGCCUAAGCCUAAGCCUAAGCCUAAGCCUAAGCCUAAGCCUAAGCCUAAGCCUAAGCCUAAGCCUAAGCCUAAGCCUAAGCCUAAGCCUAAGCCUAAGCCUAAGCCUAAGCCUAAGCCUAAGCCUAAGCCUAAGCCUAAGCCUAAGCCUAAGCCCAGCCUGCUCAAGCCUAAGCCUAAGCCUAAGCCUAAGCCUAAGCCUAAGCCUAAGCCUCCAAGCCUGCGCCUCAAGCCUAAGCCUAAGCCUAAGCCUAAGCCUAAGCCUAAGCCCAAGCCUAAGCCCUAAGCCCUAAGCCCUAGCUAGCCUAAGCCUAAGCCUGAGCCUAAGCCUAAGCCCAAGCCUAAGCCUAAGCCUAAGCCUAAGCCUAAGCCUAAGCCUCAAGCCCAAGCCUAAGCUCUAAGCCCAAGCCUAAGCCUAAGCCUAAGCCUAAGCCCAAGCCUAAGCCUAAGCCUAAGCCUAAGCCUAAGCCUAAGCCUAAGCCUAAGCCUAAGCCUAAGCCUAAGCCUAAGCCUAAGCCCUAAGCCUAAGCCUACGCCUAAGCCUAAGCCUAAGCCUAAGCCUAAGCCUAAGCCUAAGCCUAAGCCCAAGCCUAAGCCUAAGCCCAAGCCUAAGCCUAAGCCUAAGCCUAAGCCUAAGCCUAAGCCUAGCCUAAGCCUAAGCCUGCCCAGCCUAAGCCUAAGCCUAAGCCUAAGCCUAAGCCUAAGCCUAAGCCUAAGCCUAAGCCUAAGCCUAAGCCUAAGCCUAAGCCUAAGCCUAAGCCUAAGCCUAAGCCUAAGCCUAAGCCUAAGCCUAAGCCUAAGCCUAAGCCUAAGCCUAAGCCUAAGCCUCAAGCCUAAGCCUAAGCCUAAGCCUAAGCCUAAGCCUAAGCCUAAGCCUAAGCCUAAGCCUAAGCCUAAGCCUAAGCCUAAGCCUAAGCCUAAGCCUAAGCCUAAGCCCUAAGCCUAAGCCUAAGCCUAAGCCUAAGCCUAAGCCUAAGCCUAAGCCUAAGCCUGCCCAAGCCUAAGCCUAAGCCUAAGCCUAAGCCUAAGCCUAAGCCUAAGCCUAAGCCUAAGCCUAAGCCUAAGCCUAAGCCUAAGCCUACAAAGCCUAAGCCUAAGCCUAAGCCCUAAGCCUAAGCCUAAGCCUAAGCCUGGCCUAAGCCCAAGCCUAGCCCAAGCUCUAAGCCUAAGCCUAAGCCUAAGCCUAAGCCUAAGCCUAAGCCUAAGCCUAAGCCUAAGCCUAAGCCUAAGCCUAAGCCUAAGCCUAAGCCUAAGCCUAAGCCUAAGCCUAAGCCUAAGCCUGGCCUAAGCCUAAGCCUAAGCCUAGGCCUAAGCCUAAGCCUAAGCCUAAGCCUAAGCCUAAGCCUAAGCCUAAGCCUAAGCCUAAGCCUAAGCCUAAGCCUAAGCCUAAGCCUAGCUCAGCCUAAGCCUAAGCCUAAGCCUAAGCCUAAGCCUAAGCCUAAGCCUAAGCCUAAGCCUAAGCCUAAGCCUAAGCCUAAGCCUAAGCCUAAGCCUAAGCCUAAGCCUAAGCCUAAGCCUAAGCCUAAGCCUAAGCCUAAGCCUAAGCCUAAGCCUAAGCCUAAGCCUAAGCCUAAGCCUAAGCCUAAGCCUAAGCCUAAGCCUAAGCCUAAGCCUAAGCCUAAGCCUAAGCCUAAGCCUAAGCCUAAGCCUAAGCCUAAGCCUAAGCCUAAGCCUAAGCCUAAGCCUAAGCCUAAGCCUAAGCCUAAGCCUAAGCCUAAGCCUAAGCCUAAGCCUAAGCCUAAGCCUAAGCCUAAGCCUAAGCCUAAGCCUAAGCCUAAGCCUAAGCCUAAGCCUAAGCCUAAGCCUAAGCCUAAGCCUAAGCCUAAGCCUAAGCCUAAGCCUAAGCCUAAGCCUAAGCCUAAGCCUAAGCCUAAGCCUAAGCCUAAGCCUAAGCCUAAGCCUAAGCCUAAGCCUAAGCCUAAGCCUAAGCCUAAGCCUAAGCCUAAGCCUAAGCCUAAGCCUAAGCCUAAGCCUAAGCCUAAGCCUAAGCCUAAGCCUAAGCCUAAGCCUAAGCCUAAGCCUAAGCCUAAGCCUAAGCCUAAGCCUAAGCCUAAGCCUAAGCCUAAGCCUAAGCCUAAGCCUAAGCCUAAGCCUAAGCCUAAGCCUAAGCCUAAGCCUAAGCCUAAGCCUAAGCCUAAGCCUAAGCCUAAGCCUAAGCCUAAGCCUAAGCCUAAGCCUAAGCCUAAGCCUAAGCCUAAGCCUAAGCCUAAGCCUAAGCCUAAGCCUAAGCCUAAGCCUAAGCCUAAGCCUAAGCCUAAGCCUAAGCCUAAGCCUAAGCCUAAGCCUAAGCCUAAGCCUAAGCCUAAGCCUAAGCCUAAGCCUAAGCCUAAGCCUAAGCCUAAGCCUAAGCCUAAGCCUAAGCCUAAGCCUAAGCCUAAGCCUAAGCCUAAGCCUAAGCCUAAGCCUAAGCCUAAGCCUAAGCCUAAGCCUAAGCCUAAGCCUAAGCCUAAGCCUAAGCCUAAGCCUAAGCCUAAGCCUAAGCCUAAGCCUAAGCCUAAGCCUAAGCCUGCCCAAGCCUAA